AUUAAGAUAUACUCCUUAUUGUCAUUUACUUAAUUGUUGUAUAUUCGUGUCGACUUCUAAGGCCCGCAGCUGAAAUGCUUUUCUAGGCCGUAACAUGGGCUGCGGAACAUCACGCUCUACAGUCACGACUGGCCCAACAAACACUGCGGUUGACCCCCACCCAAAGUGCCAUGCCGUCGGCACCGAAGCAGCAUCUGCACCGGAGCAUGGAGACCAGGCCAGCUGCCCCCCACUCGGGUGCCGCUCAUCCGGCAGCCCCCUAACCGGUGGCCCCGGCGAAGCCACGGGACCCCUGGAAGCGGGACGCAGCCAGGCAAUCGACAGCACCCUCAAUGCCUUGAGCUUUCCGCCACCGCCUCGCCCUCCUCCUCCACACCCACCGCACCCUCCGGCACCAGAACUGCAGCCUCCGGCGCCAUUGACCCCUUCAUUGGAGCCCUCGCCCUUGCCGCAGCUAUCACUGGGAGGUGUAACCUCAGCAGCGCCGCAGCCACCACAGGUGCUGAGCGGCAUCCUGCAGCAGCAGCAGCAGCAGCAGCAGGCCAGAACCGAUAAUGGCAUUGGCAGCGUUGCCGCCGCCGUUGUUCAUCAUGACGAGAAGCCGGGUGGCAGCAGUCCUAAGGCUCCGGCUGGGGUCGAGGCACCGGCUGUGCAGGCCGGCGGUGGUGGAGCGGCGCUGCCGCCCAGCCCCGGAGGAGGUCAGCUGCUGCCUCCAGCAGCAUCGAUGCCAUCAACGACUCCGCUGAGAGACAGCGACCCGCUGGCCGUGGUGCGAAUGGGGAUCAGUCUGCGCGGCCUGCGCAAGCUGCGCUCGCAGGUUCGCGAGUUUCUGGGUCCCGAGCGCUACGCGCUCGCCAGCACUGCCGACGUGAACAGCCAGUGGGUGCAGGCGGUCACGGCGGCGCUGCAGUGCCGCCUAGUGGAGCUGCCGGGGCUAGUGGAGCCAGAGGACCUUGGGGUGCCCAUGUACUUCGUCAGCCAUGCCUGGAAGAACAGCUUCGACCUGCUGAUCCGUGGGGUGGAGGAAUUCCUCGAAAGCGCCUCUGAGGACACGCGCGUGUGGGUCGACAUAGCGGCCGUGAACCAGCACCCGACGCCCUUCCAGCAAGCCGACGUGGCCGCCUUCAAGGCCGUGGUGCGCGCCUCCUCUGGCGGCACCCUCGUGGUGCUGGACCUCACGCGCUGCAACCCCGCCACACGCGCCUGGUGCGUGUACGAGUGGGCCGCCACCCUGGGCGCUCACGGUCCCGACGGGCUGCACAUGGCGAUCAGCGCAGCUGACCGGGCCACCCUGGUGAGCAGCCUGGACGUGGAGGCCGCCGAGUGCUUUGUAGCUGCAGACAAGGAAGCCAUCCUGGCAGAUGUAGUGGCGCAGCAUGGGUCGACGGCGGCGUUUAAUGACAUGCUGAAGCUGCAGCUGCUGCUGCAGCCGCUGUCGUACAGAGUGGAUCUGGAGCGGCUGCUGGGGGGAGAAGGAGGUGCUGGGAGGGCUGGG